AUGUCUGUCCCCCGUCACCGAAUUCUUGACCUCAUGAAGGUACAAUGCCGAAUUUUCAACACCACCUUCAACCCGACCUGUCAACGACUCGGCAACAAAAUCCUGCGCCAGCAUCUUCGUGGUCCUGCCCUGUCCACCUACUAUCCUCGACGCGUCGCGACUUUCAAGACUCUCAAGCAAUUGUAUCCAGGGGUGGAGAUGUACGAUGAGGUUGAAGAAGACAGACUUGAGCACAUUGCAAUCGCGAAGUCGAGAGGAAAAGGAGCGCCGAAGAAGAAGAAGUCUGCGGCUGGUGAGUAUCUGCGGAUGGCAGUAAGAUGUAGAGCGCGAGUACUGACAUGCUUAACAGAAUCAAGAAAGGGACAGAAGAAGAAGCGGUAG